AUGGACUUUUCAGCCUCCUUACAACACGUUGCUCGCUUGGAGCUGUCCAUUGUCCUGCACAAGCCUCUACCUGCAUCAAUUCCCUUGUUGAUCCAUCCCUGCUCUGAGUCUCCUAAUCUUUCUAGAAAGAUGAAGGCACUCCUGAGCGCAUGCCUCCUCUUGGCCCCACUUUUUGCAGAAAAACCGGAAGUGCAAAUUGAGAAUACUUGUUUGUCAUCCAGAUAUUGUUUCUCAGGCGAUUACAGCUUUACUGCAGUGGAUGGUAAAUUCUUUGAGAUGAAGACACAAUGCUGCAACACUGACUAUUGUAACAAUGAAACUCUCAGCCUUCCUGAUCGCAACAUGCUGGCUGAAAAUGGUCUGCGAUGCCCAGCCUGCUUCUCCAAAGGAGAAAAUGAGAAAAUGAGAAAGUGUAAAAGUGAGAAGACCGUCAACUGCCUUGAGAAUGAGACCCAAUGUGUUGAUUUUAAAGGAGCUUUUGCUAGAGAUACCUUCUUUGUCACCUUUUUCACAUUCAAAGGUUGUGCAACAACAAAAUUUUGUGCCGUCCGGAAAAAUGGAGAAGUCAUUAUUGGAGCUGGGAGAUUUCUUCUUUCACUUUACGAAGAAAGCUGUUAUAAUGCUUCACGAAUCUCACACCAGCCUGAACAGGAAGGGUAA